AUGGUGGCAGACAUCCUCGAAAUAUACACCGAUGGCGCUUCGCGCGGUAAUCCUGGAAGGGGAGGCUAUGGCAUAGUCAUGCUAUGGAAAGGUAUUCGAAAAGAAAUGCAAGCUGGGUAUAGACUCACGACGAAUAAUCGAAUGGAACUCUUAGCAGUUAUUGUAGCACUCGAAUCACUUACACGUCCUGGUUUGGAAGUUAAGAUGUAUACUGACAGUAAGUACGUUGUAGAGUCCAUUGAAAAAAAAUGGGUCUUUGGAUGGGUGAAAACCAACUUUAAAAACAAAAAAAAUAAAGACCUUUGGUUACGAUUUUUAGACAUUUAUCCCAAGCAUAAGGUGCAAAUGAUAUGGGUCAAAGGGCAUGCUUCCAAUCGCGAAAACAAUCGUUGUGACGAACUUGCAACCCAAUCAGCCGAUGGCAAUCAUUUGUUGGUCGAUGAGUGGUAUGAAGAGAAUAGGGAGUAG